AUGGGCAAAGUGGAGCUCGAUGGAGUUCGACAAGGGUUGAGAUCCUUCAAGAUGAGCCUCCUUGAUACUCAGCGCAAGGUGGUGCAGAGGCUAGAUGCGGAGCUGAGGCGGCUCGAGCAGCUUGAGAUCCCCAGUGUAUCGGAUGCUGGAGACGCCUUGCCCACACAGCUUCUGGAGCCGGGUGCGACGAACGGUGCCCAAAAGUCAGAAGCACUAAGAGCUUGGGAUGCCCCCCUACAGCCAGAGGUUAAGAAGCUUCAACUGCCUUCGGAACAGCCAGAAGGUACACAGCCAGAAACUGGUGCACAGGGUGCACAGGUCCAGGCUUUUAAUAGCCUCUCGGCGGUAGCCAAGAACCGCCGAAAGCACAUGUCCUGGAUUCACAAGAAUGCCGACGUGCCGAAAUCAAUCAAGUCAAGCUCGAGGUCCACGCAGCCGGUGUUCUCGCAACUUCAUGCUCAAUUUGCGCAGGACAAGGUGCGCAUGGCAGCCAUACAGGAGUUUGACAACACACUCGCAGACGUCCCUACUGAAACCAUCUGGACUCGGAUGGUUCAGCAUAGUAUGUUUGAGCGGCUAUCGUUGCUGAUGAUAUACUUGAAUGCAAUGUGGCUGGCCGUGGAUAUUGAAUAUAACGAUGCAGACGUCGUUUGGCAAGCAGAGCCACUCUUCAUUGUCGUUGAGAUCGUCUUUGUUUUCUACUUCUUGGGUGAGGCAGUUGUGAGGUACAUGUCGUAUCCUACCACUUGGAAAGCAUGUAAAGACCCUUGGUUCAUUUUCGACAUGUUGCUCGUGGUGAUGAUGCUGCUGGAGACAUGGAUUGUACCUAUGAUUCUGCUUGUUCUCCCUCAGAGUGAUGAUUCUGGGAGCAGUUUGGGAAGAACCGUCUCCGUCCUUCGUGUGGCCCGGGUGCUGCGAGUGUUGCGGACAGCACGGAUCGUGCGAGUGGCACGGUACAUGCCGGAGCUUCUGAUCUUGAUCAAAGGGCUCAUGGUCGCGGCCCGUUCUGUGUUCUUUACUUUGGUUUUGUUGCUCCUUAUCACCUACGUCUUCAGCAUAGCCUUCACAAGGCUCAGCGAGGACACUGCGUUGGAGGAACACUUUCCAUCCAUGCCGUCAUCUUUGCUGACCCUCAUUGUCAAGAGCGUCAUGCCUGACCGUGAGCUCUUCUUCAGGGAAGUAGCCCGCGAGAGUUGGUUCAUGGGGGGCAUGGUGCUGGUGUUCAUCUUGAUCGGAUCCCUGAUCGUCUUGAACAUGUUGGUUGGAAUUCUUGUCGAAGCUGUUCAGACGGUGGCCACAAUGGAACAUGAACAAAUCCGCGUGGAUCUUGCAAAGACUGUGCUAUGGCAGCUGAUUACCAAAGGCGGGGCGGAUGAAGAUGGGGAUAACAAGAUCUCUGAGGAGGAGUUCUUGAAGCUGAUCGAGAGGGAAGACGCAAGUGAUGCAUUGACUAUGCUCGGUGUGGACAUGUUCGCCGCAAAAGAGUACAGCAAGUUGCUCUUCGAGGAUGGUGAGCCUCUCACCUUCGGGGAGUUUAUGGACGCCAUGCUCACACUCCGGGGCUCCAAUCAAACCACCGUCAAGGACGUCGUCAACCUGCGAAAGUUCACCGCAGACGAGUUCUCGCAACUCCACGCGGUUCUCAUGGAUGUGUGUCGCUUCCUGGCGGGUCACGGGCUGUCUGAGAAGCUUGCCCAGGAUCUGUCCCCUGAGAUGGUAGGGGCUGACCGCAAGGUUUGCAUUGCACAGCGCUGCAACUGCAUCACCCGCAUGAAGACGUGGGAAGUUGCGGGGAGCGAAGAUAGCCACCUGCUUUCCCAGGGCACAUUUUCAUCCGAGCUUGCCGCGAUUAGCGCCAAAAACGAACUCAGCACUUAUCGCCAAGCUUCAAGUUGUGAUUCAGUUGUGAGAAGCCUGGGCAAGUGCAGCUUUGAGUUGAGCGAUGUUGGCUUGAACGACCUCGACCUUGUUCUGCUCAAGGUGGGAGAUCUCACCAGCUCCUGCGUUGAUUGCCUGGCCCAAUCAAGCGGAGGAGAUGUUGUAGGUGGACGACAGCAGGUCAAGAGCUUCAAAGAACUGUCUCCAAGGAACAUGCAACCUGCAGGAUCCAGCAAGUAUUUGGCAAGCGCGUCCUUCCCACCAUUAGCACGUAGUUUACCCGGCCAUUGCAGCAUGCCCUUGCCGCGGAAGUCCAGUGAGAGCCUGAAAGCGGCAGCAGGCUCCCUAGCAGCUCUCCGCCAGGAGUUGUUCACUGAACACCGACAUCUUGUUCUCAAGUUGGAUGCAGAGCUGGCACGUAUCCAAAGCUUGUGCUCGGCUUCGGGUGAUUCCCUGGGCCCUACAGACUUUGCCACUUUGGAGGCGCGCCCCCCGGGUUCAAGGGAAAGCUCUCGCGGGUCGAAAGAGGUGAAGGAUGUGGCUGCGACGUCUCCGAUGCAGCUUCCUGGCAUGCCCGAGGAAACGGAGGAGCAACCACCAACCUCACCAAAAAGUCCAAAAAGUGAUGCCAAUGAUAUUCAAGCUUCGGCCUCCCUUGCAACCUUCACGACUAUCGCCGAGGCGCGGAAGAAGCACAUGGCAUGGAUCCGCAAAGUUGAAGAGGGCAAGGGAGUGAAAAGAUCUUCGACGACCUCGGAGGAUGAACAGAAUCGUGUCUUCUCCAAGCUCAACCCAGAGUAUGCGGCCCAAUCGGUUCGCAAAGCAGCAAUUUCCAAGUUUGGUCCAGAGCCACACACUGACUCCUACGUGAACUGUUGCACGGGCAUUGUUCAACACUCAUGCUUUGAGCGCGUGUCGCUGCUCGUCAUUUGUUUGAAUGCUGUGUGGAUUGCCGUUGAUAUCGAGAUCAACCAUGCCGAGACACUUCUGCAAGCGGGUGCGGGAACAAUUGUGGUCGAAGCCUUGUUCCUGGUCUACUUCGCGGCUGAGCUGUUCAUUCGGUUUUGGGCGCAGCAGCGUAAAAAGGCCUUGCUGAAAGACUAUUGGUUUCUGUUUGACUUCGGGCUUGUACUGCUCAUGCUGCUGGAGACAUGGCUUGUGCCCGCCAUCAUUUUGAUGGCCGGAUCUAGUGAAGCUGGGGGCCUCGGGCGUGCUGCUAGCGUGCUACGCGUUGUGCGUCUGCUGCGCGUGCUUCGCACAGCACGAAUUGCACGGAUUGCACGCUACAUGCCGGAGCUCAUGAUCCUGAUCAAAGGGCUCAUCGUGGCCGCGCGAUCCGUGUUCUUCACUUUGGUCCUCUUGCUUCUCAUGACCUAUGUCUUCAGCAUAGCCUUGGUGACGCUCAGCCAGGGCACGGACCUAGAGCUAUUACUCUUCCCAUCAAUGCCCCAGACAGUGUUGAGGCUUUUGGUACAGUGUACAAUGCCGGAUUCGGAGGCCUUCUUUCAGAGCAUUGCGCAGGAGAACGCGGUGAUGGCUGCGUUGUUCUUGAUCUUCAUAUUGGCCGGGUCGCUGAUUGUUCUUAACAUGUUAGUCGGCAUCUUGGUAGAGGCUGUGCAGACAGUCGCUACAAUGGAGCACGAGCAGAUCCAUGUGGACUUCGCGCAAAGAGUCCUCCAUGACUUGAUCUCGGAAGGAAAUGCCGACGAAGAUGGGGACAACUUGAUUUCUGAAGGUGAGUUUGAGAGGCUGCUGGAGAGACCGGAAGCUUUCAGUGCUUUGACCCGGCUGGGUGUCGACAUCUUCGCUGCUCGCGAAUAUGGAAAGCUACUUUUUGAGGACGAAGUGCCGUUGACUUUCCCAGAGUUUAUGGAAUCCAUCCUGACCCUUCGUGGCUCAAACCAGACCACCGUGAAGGACAUCGUCAACUUGCGCAAGUUUACGGCCGAAGAGUUCUCGAAUUUGCAUACUAUCCUCAUGGACUUGUUCCAGAUAGUGGGCAACCGGUCUGACGAGUUGCGUCCUGCUGGGAGAGCAUCAAUGAGCACCUUGCCAAGCCAGCCUCAAACGUGA